AUGCGUCCAACGUACACGCUGCCGGCGUUGCUGUUGCUGCUCUCGAUGGGGGCACACUUAAAUGAAGCGGCGGCUGUCGUCGGCGACACAGCUGCUGACAAGGAAGUGGCUCCAGUUGGUGUUGUAAAAACGGAUUUGCUGUCAUUGGAGCAGGAAAUUGUCGGCAAUCCGGUGUCAUAUCAAGGAGUUCGUCAUGCGCGUUCUUUCUUGUUUGGCUCUAGCCCCAUCUAUGGAGGUGGCUACGGUGGCUACGGCGGCUUCGGCGGCUACGGCGGCUACGGUGGCUACGGCGGCUAUGGCGGCUAUGGUUAUCCCUACAUUUCACCAUACGGCUACGGUGGAUACGGCGGCUAUGGUGGCCUCGGCGGCUAUGGUGGCUACGGUGGCUACGGUGGUGGCUACUAUCCAAGACCCUUUGGUUUUAAGAAAAUUAUUUUCGGCUAA